AUGAUCGCUUCCCCCCCAGGAGACUCCGGCGCGGCGCUGCCGGGUGUCCCCGGCACAGACGGCGCGUGCCGCGCGAGUCUAGGAGGUCGCCCGCGUCCCGGCACCAGCGAUCAUGGCGGGUCCGAGGCUGCCUGCACGGCGCGCUCCGCGGCGUCUCCGCCGCCCCGAAGCCUUCCCAGGAUUGCCGUUGUCGUUCGGAAGCGCCCGUUGAGCGACGCGGAGAAAAAGAGAAACGAGGCCGACCUGGUGCAAACGCGCGGCAGAAACGCAGUGCUCGUCGACGAACCGAGAGAAAAGGUGGAUCUGACCCCCUACGUCAUGCGCCACGAGUUCCGCGUCGACUACGCGUUCGACGAACACAGCACGAACGCCGAGGUGUACAGAGCGGUCGUCCGCCCCCUUGUGGAGACUUGCUGCUUGGCGGAUGCCAGCACUUCCUGCUUCGCCUAUGGACAAACAGGCAGCGGGAAAACCUACACGAUGCUAGGCCCCCAACCCUACGGCCGGGGCGUCGAAGCUGGCGUCUUCGAGCUUGCGGCGGAAGACAUCUUCAAGUGCCUCGAGGGCACCGAGAAGGACGCGUUCGUCUCCUUCUUUGAGAUCUACAACGGGAAGCUCUUCGAUCUGCUUCAAAACAGGAAACUCGUGGCCGCACUGGAGAAUGGCAAGAAGGAAGUAGUUGUUCGAGACUUGCGAGUGGAACAAGUUCGCGACAAGGAAGUGCUGCUGUCUAAGAUGAUCGAGGGCAUUGAACUUCGAAAGAUCGGUGCAAAUUCCGUGAACGACGAAUCUUCACGGUCCCAUGCAAUUCUUCAAGUUCUUCUCAGGAAGAGACAUUCCGGCGAUCCGUGCGGGCGCAUCGCCUUCAUCGACUUGGCGGGGAGUGAGCGCGGCGCAGAUACACUCCAGCACAGCAGGCAAACGCAGCAAGAUGGUGCAGGCAUCAACCGCUCGCUCCUUGCCUUGAAGGAGUGCAUUCGCGCGAUGGACCAAGACAAAGGACACAUUCCCUUCAGAGACAGCGAGCUGACCAAGGUUCUUCGGGAGAUUUUUGUAGGUCGGAGCAGCCGUAGCGUCAUGAUCGCCACGGUCUCGCCCUCGACUUCGUGCUGCGAACAGACGCUGAACACCCUUCGGUACGCGUCGCGCGUGAAGAAUUUUCGCCAGGUUCCUCCCUCGGCGACCGCAGUCGUUCCUGCGUCCGUGGCUUCGCUCCCCCCGCGACCGUCAAGCAGCACGGACUGCGCGGCCUCGGGCCUUGCCUGCAGUCGAUCGAUUUCCUCUGCCAGCGCGUCCCGGUCGGCGCGCGCGUCUCUGCCGUGCAUGCAGCCCUCAACUGACAGUCUCGGCGGCUUUCCGGAUGUUCGCAGCCCCGUUGACGCCGAAAUGCACGCUGUGGAGACCGAGCGGUGGGGCGGGGGGUCUGUGUCCCCGACCCCACACCUGGAGACCGCGGCGCUGUCGCCCCUCGCCUCGUGCUCGCCGUCGCGGGCCUCGCUGCGGAGCGAGCGCGUGGUCGCGGGCAGGAGCGCGCGUAGCAAAGUCGAAGCGAAGGGCGCCGUGAGAGCCGGGAGCUUGUCUGGGUCUCGCAGGGACGCGCGCGCAAGCCUGCCAGGUCGGGUUCGCGGCGCGCAGCUGCGGCCGGAAGUGCCCACGUCCAGUUCGGAGACGAAGCAGUCUCGCGAGGAAGACGAGUCCGCGGGGUCGGGCGACGCGCGGGAAGAGACAGAGCCCCAGUUGAGGGCGGCCCCGCGCCUUGCGCCAGGGCCUCAGCGCGACCGGAGCAGUUUCAGCGGCAGCACGUGCGCGCCGAGCUCCUGCGACCGACUCUCGAGCUGCGGAAGCGCUCAGACCUCGGCGCCGGUGCGCGCCGCGAGCGUGCGGGGAGGCCGCGCGGCGACUUUGCACCCGUCGCCGCAGAGACCCGGCGAGCGGAGCACCGGACUCGAUGACGAGGCGACCGCGGCGUCGAGGCCGAGCGAAGACAGGAGGCGAGGGCCUCCCACGCGCGCCGUCUCGGGCCUCGCGGCCAGUCGCGACGCGGGCGCGGCUGCGCGGGCGCAGGUUGCAGGAAUCAGCGAGGAGUUGCGGAACUCGCAAGACCUCGAUCUCGAGGACGGCGAGACGGAGACGCUGACUGCGUCCCUGCCUUCGCGGCCUUCCUCGACAAGGAAGCCUGUCGCCGGCUCCAGAGUAGUUGCGGGCGACAAGGCCUCGCUGCUGCCUCGGACCCACGCCGCCCGCGCGUCCAGCUCGGCAUCGCCGUUCGCCUCGCGCGGCGGCAACGGCGCGCGGGCGUCAUUGCUCGGGUCUGCGCACUCCGCGACUCUUUCGCCAGACUCGACUUCCACGACUGUGCCUGCUGCGACCGUCGACGCGGAGGCUGUCUUCGGCGCGGGCGCCGCUGGGAAGACGACGCGCGGCCGCGGCGGCGAGGCCUUUGAGAUCUCGUUGGGAACGCGCGCGACGCGAAAGCCGGGCGACUCCCGGUCGACUUUGCGGGCGGACGAAACCACCAGUGAACUGACGCCGCGCGGAGACCUCGAGGCGCUCUCCGCGACGCGUCUCUACAAGUCGACGCGCCUGUUCGGCGCCAAACUCGCCCGCGGCCGAGGCAAGGGCGCACCGAGUCUCCAGGGCCGUGAAGCGCAGAGCGUGGACCGGGAGAACGCCGAUUCCUCGGCCGGCGAGAAGGACUCAGUUGUCGGCAGAAAAGAGAAAGGUGUGACGCCGACGCCGCUGAGCCGCCUCCGGAAGACGUGGCUGCGCGCGCAACAGGAACAGCAAGCUCAGCACGGCGCCCUCGUGUGUCCCGACGGCAGCAGCAUCAUCUUUGUGCCGCGACACGGAAGAACUCGCGACGCGUCGCCUUUCUCGCCCGUGUCUUCGACGGGGCGAGAGGGGGGGAGUGCGGCGCUCCAGGCAGGCUCGGGAGGGCUGGACAAGAAAAAGUCCGCCGGUUUGGCCUUUUCCCUCUCGAGCUCGAGUCCGGAGGAAGACGCGGAGAUGGAGGAGGGGCUGUUGAAGAAGCGGCGAGACGAAGGCGAGUUCGACUCGCGAGAUCGCGACUCCGCGACGCAGAGGUCAACCACGCGCCUCUCUGCGGUGUCGCCGUUCCUCACCUUCGCCGAGCGAGACGUUCGGCCAGCGAGUGCAGCGGUUCCUGGCCGCGGAGUGGCGUUUCCGUCCAAGCUCCCGCGGCCCUCGGCGUCGCCUGCGGGCCUGUCUCUCUCUGGAGACGGUUGUGGGGUCCGGGUCGAGAAGCCCAAGAGCGCCGUGGUCGCGCUGGACGCCGCCUCCCAGCGCCUCCUCGCGCACCUGCUACCCCGUGCAGGCAUCCGCAGCGCGUCGCUCGCCUCGCCGAGGCGGAGACGGGGCGACGCAGCGGAACCGAGCGACGGCGAGGGCGGUGCGGAUGAGACGCAGGCAGCGCUCGCCAAGCGCAAGAAGGGAGAAGCGCAGGGCGAGCCAGGCGACGCGGACCUCUCCAAGGCGCGCAGCCGGGAAGAACGCAUGCACUUGGGCAGAGAACCGCAGACCAUUCUCCAGGAGACAUUCGCAUGCACGGCGGACUACCACAACCUCGACCUCGCCGAACUCGACAGGCUCCAAGGCGCCGUCGCAGACCGGAGGGCUGCCUGCAUGCAGCGUCUGUUGCAACUCGCGAAGAAACGCGCAGAAGAGGCCUCGAGUCGCCACGGCAUCAACGAAAGCCAGCAGGACAUCUUGGUGUGUCGCCUCCAUCAAGCGAAUCCAGGUAGCAGCGAGUUCGGAGAAUACAUGAGACAAAGAAUGGAAGCCGACUUCCGGAAAUUGUUGGCAAUGCGGCAGUUGUGGGUAGAAGCCGAGGAGCUGCGCAUGCUUCAUCGCCUGCUAACGACGGAACACCAAACAAAAUCGGGAGCAGCGAGGGCGAGGAGCCCACACAGAUCCCCGGCGAGUCCGGGAGCGUCGCCGUCCUCUCGAACCCGGGCGGCCUUAGACGAAGGGGAUGUGUCUUCGACCUACUGGAAAAAGGCAGAUGUUGAGCAGACGGGUGACGUUGAGAUGACGGAGGCCUUCCCUUCACCCCCGCUUCUCUCGGGGUGCGCGCCAGUUGGAGAGAGCGACGUUCUCAAAAACUUACUCUCCCAACAGCGGUCUCCCCGCGCGUCUCGCUCGCUUGACGCCGACGCCUGCGCAUUUGUAGACUGCUGA